GUCUCAAAUGGAAAAACCUGCCUCUAAAUCGAAGCGAAAACCUAAAGAGACCAGUGAUGAUGUAGACGCAGACGUUUUGCCAGAAAAAGGCCUUCACAAUUCGGAUGGUUUUCUAUUUUAUCACGCGUCGUUCCGGCCGUUAACCUCAGCUCAGCAUAGGCGAGCAGAGGAGCAUGGCAUCGAUCUCAAAACGAAAAAGGUGUUUACAGUGGAAGAGUCUAUUCAAGUUUUCGAGAAUUGGAGGAAAUUUGCCACUGAGCACAAUAUGAAGCUUGCAAAGGCGCCGGAAUAUAUUUCGCCGAAAAAAACCGACAGGCACAUCUUUAAGCACCAGGAGGAGCAUCAUUUUUGGCCUAAACUUUGCGACGGUCUUCCCCACCGUCCCGCGUGUACCAUCAAAAUGCGAGCAAUCUCAAUGAUGACGUCAUCGUUCAUGGAAAAUCUUGAGUGGAGCCGCCUGGCUGAGGAGAUUAAAGCAAAGCUUCACACGUACGAGACGAACGACGAUCUCACAAUGCAAAAGGCUCAGAAAUUGCUGGAAAAAGGAUACGCCGCCUCACAUGUCGCCGAGAUUUUAAACGUUUCGAAUGGAAAAAUGUCGAGUAUGGCGUCGAAAUUGAGGACUUUGGAGGCUAGGAAUGAUCCGACCAUGAUUCAUGCUUUUUAUGAAUCCACUGUCUACUUUGGCCUGAAGCUUAAAAAGUUGCGACGAGCCAUCACCACCAACGACGACUAUCGUAUCGAAUCUGUUCGCCGUAAAGUCCGUCUAGAAGAAAUCGGACUUCAGCUUCACAUUUCCGAGCAAAAAUGUAAAGAUCUUCUGAAGAUAGUCAUCGAAACGAUUCGAACCAAGUACACAGAAAGCCUAGAAGAAGCCGGCCUGGAUGAGGAUGAAGCUUGGAGCAAAGCUCUUGCUCUAGUGGACUCUAGGCCACCAAUCGAAGAGUCACAACUCUACAAGGCUUUGGAAAUUAUUUGUAAACACAUUGAGAAGGCCGAGACCACUGGAAGCUUGCUGAGCCACGAACAACUUCCAAGCAUAAUUAAAUCCCACGGAAUCACUGGAUUCCAGAGCGAUCGUUCGGAAUACGCGUACCUUCAUUUUCGGCUUUGUGGACUUUUGAUGCAUCAACUAACUACCGGCUUUUUUGAACACCUUCGCCGAGAAUUUCCUCUUCAAAUCAAGCUACACUGCCUUCUAUGGAGCUACAAACGAUUAGAUGUUUGGGAGAAAAUUUGUGUGGAAGAAGGAAAAACUCGGUACGAAACUGUCCUAAAAUCCGAGAUCGCCAACCCGCUGGCCAGCAAGAUGACCUUGAAAUUUUUGAAAAAUGAAAAAGUUGUCGAAUGGAUUUCGGAUCCACGACCGCCGAAAAAUCGCCAAAAAGCAGCAACUCGUCGUCUCGAAACUGCCAUCGAAUCGUUCAUUCUCUACUCUUAUAACAAAUUCGGCGAAACUUUCAAAUUUCCCGCCAAAUUCCGACGAAUAUUGCAUACCUCAAAAACUGUUCGCUCCGUUUUGGAAGUUGUUUCAGAUCCUGAAAAUGCGGAAUUCCUGUCGAUUAAAGAGGCAAGAAAGACGGUAGAAGACGCGUCGGGAUGCAAAAUCGCGGUGAAAAUUAAAAAUAAAAGAAUUGUGCCUAAAUUGAAAGAUGAGUCGGAUGCUUCUGAAGAUGGAGAAUCCGAAAAUUCUGACAGCGAGGAUCUCAUCAAGCACUCACAUUCAAUUGAGAGGAGCGCUUUUGAAGAAAGACGCGACGAGAUUGAAAAAGUCCUUCAGAGAGCCGAUCCGUCGAAGAUUCGAGCAAAAUUCCGGAAAAAGGACGAAAUUCCCGAGGAAAUCCUGUUGAGCAAGGAGUUGCGGCAGCAGAAAAGGGCGAUGACGAGAGCUGCGGAGAAGCUUGAGAGACUGGAAGCGAAGAUCUGCUCGGCAGAGUUUAUCGAUGAUGGGUCUGGAUGCUCUUAUUCUCAAGUUGACGAGGAUCUUUUAGAGAGGGAGAAGAAGCGGAAAAGGAAGAAAUCUGAAGCUUCAGAAGUGGUGAUCGGAACGGAUCAGCUGGACACCGCUGAAGAUCUUCAAGGCUCCAAAAAGAAGAAGCACGCAGAAGUACUGGAAGGAAAAGAUCAUGAAGAUACUGGAUGCUCUGAUUCUCAACAAGUCAUGGAUCCUGAAGUUUGCGAGGAUCUCGUAGAGAAGGAGAAGAAAAAGAAGCGGAAAAGGAAGAUCUCUGAAGCUUCAGAAGUCGUGAUCGGAAUGAAUCAGAUGGAGAGAGCUGAAGAUCUUCAACGCUCGAAAAAGAAGAAGCACGCAGAAAUACUGGAAGGAAACGAUCAUGAAGACUCUGAAAAUCUGAAAAAACGCUCAAAAAAGAAGAAAAAGCGAAAAGACCACGACGCUGAAUUUGAUGCGGAACUGGACCUGGAUUCUGAAAAUUUGGAUGAAGAACCAAAGAAAAGGAAGAAGCAUUGUUAAACAUUGUUAAAACAUUUUUAUUGAAGUUGUUGUUGUUUAUUCGAUCGUUAUAUAUAAGACUAAUAUAAGACAAA